ACAGAGUUUUGCAGCGGUACCUCUAACCGACCACUUUCCAACUAAAGGGAUCCUAAGGCUUGGUCUAUAUCAGCUCCGUAUGAAGGAUGACAAAAGUUAACUUACGUCUUGCCCAAUUUUUACUAUAAAAACAGAUGUGCCUUGUGCACAAGUGUUCAUAAAUAACGUGAAGCUGCGGGUGAAUCACGUUUCACUUUUCAGCAAAAAACAUCGGUUGACCGUCUGAUGAAAGACGUGCAGCAUCAGGAUGGAUCCACUGAAGAGGCAUUUCGGAGAUGUCAAGAAUUGCAGAUGUCAGCAGAGAAGACACUAAGGACGCUGCAGAAACUGACCAAAGCUGAUGAGUUGGCUCCAGUGGGAAACUAUGAUCAAAGGAAGCAGGAAGAGGAGAGGCGACUGCAGAACAUCCUGGAGCGUAUAAACAACCUCUCUUUGGAGCUUUCACCACCAGGACCCAGUACUGCUGCACGCGACGUUUCAAAGGAAGAGAGUGAGGAUGAUGAAGACGAUGACGAAGACAGUAACGAUGACGAUGUUGAUGAUGAUGAAAAUAAGAAGCGAGCUGCAAAACUGCCUUCUCAGUCAGACCCUCGCAUCUACACAGUCCUCAGUGAUUUCAAAGGAGAGCAGGAGGGAGAUCUGUCUGUUCAGAGGGGGGAGAUAUUGAGGAUAAUCAGGAUGACGGCAGAUGGAUGGUGGCUGGCUCAAGACACUAAAGGCAACAGAGGAGUGGUUCCAAAAACCUACCUGAAGAUUGGCUCUGGUGUUGAUGAUGAUGAGGAUGAGGAUGAAGAUGACAGCGAUAAUGAAAAUGACGACGAUGAUGACGAAAGUGAAGAGGUGGAGAAGGAAGAGCAAGAUAGUGAAGAUUUAACUGAUGACAGAGAGAAAAACAGCCAUACCUCACAUUCCAACUGGUGUACAGUCAGAAAGGCUUUGACUGAGAUUGAUGCAACAGAUGUGCUCUCUGCCAUGGGGGCUAUACCUUCAGGAUUCAGACCAUCAACUCUCAAUAAACUGCUGGUGGAGGAAGGUGUAACUUACAAAGGAAGUCACUAUAUUCAGCCUGAGCUCAGCCAAUCACAGCUCUCCUUUAGUGACCUCUUUCUGGACCCAGACACUGGCAGGGUUCGUGCUCGGCAGGUGAGGUCGUGUGUUUGUUUCACUUUGUGGAGCUGCAGGAUGAUUCCUACUCCUGGGAUUGGAGUUCAGGUCCUCAGCAGACACAUCCGCCUCUGUGCCUUUGAUGGAACUCAGGUGUUGAGUAACAUCCACACAGUGAGGGCGAACUACAACCCUAAGAGCCCCAAGAUGUGGAGCUUCUCUCCAAGGAUGACAGGUAUCUUACCCACCCUCCUAGAUGGAGACUGUUUUCUACGCUGCAACUCUGCAUCUCCGGACCUCGGCAUCCUUUUUGAACUAGGAGUCACCUUUUUGCGGAACUCCACAGGGGAGAGAGGAGACCUGAGCUGUGGCUGGGCUUUUCUCAAGCUGACAGAUGACACUGGAAAUCCCCUCCCCAACAGGACCUAUGAGCUGCCAGUCAAUGGUGGCACUCCCUAUGAGAAGGAUGUCGCAGUGGAGGCUUCAGCCACUAGAGGAUCUCCAGCUGGUGUUUUCCAGCAGAUGCUUCAGGCCAGACGGGAGCCCAAACUGAUCAUAAAGUUGAAAUCAGCCAACAGCCGGACCAGAACGCAACUCAGUCUCCUUCCAGAGACACUGCUGCACUGUCUGAGCUGCGUCCACCUGCUGGCUUUACACAGGCAGUUGCUAGCUGACACACUACUGAUGGACAGGCCUACCAUGCAGAACGCAGAUCUGAUAGGCAGUCCUAUACUUUCUACCUUCCCUGUGUUGUUGGACGAACCAGAUGUGCUGGAUGCUCUCCGGAGUGCCUGGCUGGAUGCUGAGACCAACAUGAGCAGAGCACAGAAGAGAGACUUGUCCUAUGUAAAACAGGAGUUUGUUAAAGUCUACAUGUCGUCUGUCUAUUUCCUCCUCCACUCGCCCUCGAUGCCCUGUCAUCGCUGGGCUGACCCGCCCUCAGAGGAGCAGCGGGCCAGAGUCAUCUACGCCACCCUGGACGCUCUCAAGCACACCCACCACACCACCGGCCAAUCUGGAGGCCCAGAGGUCUUUGUUGACCCCAUGCAUCAGCAUCUUGCCUUUGAUGUUACAGAAUUGACUUUUGACCUCCUCCGUGUUGUGCGGUAACUAAAUAGCUCAAAGGGAAGGUACACUUUGAAGCUGAUUAUCUUUUUUUAAUGUAAAAUAAUUACAUGAAGUGAAAAAGUAAAACCCUUCAAUGUGCCAUAAAUACAUUUUGGAACAUUUUUUUUUAAAUUUGUUAACUUAAAGGAUAUUUCAUUGUUGCUGUCAAUAAAUCCUAUGGAAAGACAAAAAAAAAAAUCCUUAGUCCAUUUUUCAAUACUUUCAGACUUCUGUCUGUGGCUCUCAGUCCCUAGCCCAUUGUUGCAUAAUAAAUAUGAAUUUGAACAGGCCAAAUCAUUUUCUUAAAUACCUGGCACUGGUUAAUAAAUGUUACUCAAACAGGAGUAAAUAGUGCAUUUGUUGGGGAUUGUUUCACCCGUGGAUUAAUACACUUUUGGUGCUCUAGUUUAUAGCAGCUGGACCAUAUAUGUGGGAUUGACUCAAAAUAGACUACAGUACCCAUGUACAUUGUAUUGAAGGAACAUUUCAUGAAGUGCAACAGUUUUAGAACAACAAUGGACAUCUGUGGCACAGAGGAAUGAAUUAUAUCAGAUGAAUACAGUACUGGAUGAAUAUUUGGUUUUGAUCUUUUUUUAUGAUUUGUUAACAAUAAAAAAAAGUAAACCUGGGAGACCAUAACCGCCAGCAGACUCCUUGCCUCUACUUGGCAUUGUGACAGGAAAUUAAGUGGUCUCGGUUUUGAGAAAUGAUUCUGACAAUUCUAACACAUGCAUAACAUAUAGCACAACUACAUCUUUGUGUGCCUUGUGAUUACAUGAGAAACAAAUUAUGAUUAAUGAGCCUGUUCAUUGCCUGAAAGGUUUGAAAUAAAAGGUUACGCAAAUGUGGAAGUGCUAACAUUAUCAUCUUAUCAAAGAUCUCUCUUUAAUCGAAUAAAGCCGCUCACUCUUAAAAGUACAGUAAACACUAAAACAGGUUACAGUAAUGAUGAAGGAACACUUUGUUCUGAGACCAACACAUAUGUCUUUAAUAGAACCAAUAGUGACAUUAUUAAAAUGUUUUGAUACUGCUGUUUAUUGACAAAUUCUGUUAUAUAUUUUAAUAAACAUUCUAUGAAAA